CGAACAUUUCCGAUCUAUGUUCAACAGUUGUGCGGCAUUUCCUGUGCGUCUAUAAGAGAAGUAACGGCGACCGAGCCAACGGUUACAAGUGCUCAGUGACACAGAAGAUUUUUUAGAAAGAAUUUGAUGUUCCACACAAGUUCGUCUUCAACAAAUAAUUUACAUUUAGACACAAACUGACGUAUAGACUAACAGAGUAGGUCUGUAGAGCCAUAAUUGCAAAGAAGAACGCGCAAAAAAGAAGCGUAUAAAAGAGUCCUGGUGCAUUGGUUUCAUCUGUGCCUACUGGCCAUUACAUUGAUUGAAUUGAAUUGAAUUGAAUCUAAGAAAAAAAAGUCUGAAUCAUGGGUUGGCCUACUAUACAAAAACAAUUUUUGUAUAGUAGUCAAGAUACUGAUAGUGAUAGUGAUAUCAUAGAUGGGAAGAAGCGCAAGAGAACUCUCCCACUGAAUUUAUCUAAAAAGAAGAAACCCAAAAGUGAGUGGGCAGCAAGCUUCAAGCUUAAUAAACUACUAUCAGACGAUUGUGCUUGUGUUAUAAUGAGACAAGCAAUAUACUUACGAUAUAGAAAAGGUGUAUCAUACGAUGUAGUAUGUGACCACAAACCAAUAAAAUACUGGUUUUUGAUGGAAGGCGAGUCAAAAUUAAUAAAUAUUGCCAUUGAUUAUAAUGACACCAGUUUAAUGAGAGAUGUGCUUCAUUCUGGAACGACACCUAAUUGUCGAGAUCAUUUAGGUCGAACUCCUCUUCAUUAUGCUGUUUUUAGAGACUUUAAGGCUAUGAUUCGUCUUCUCAUUCUACAUGGUGCCGACACAAAUAUGCGCGAUGAUUUCGGCUUAACUCCUCUGGAAACGGCAUUAAAAGAAAAAAAAGAUGACAUAGCAUUAUUGAUUUCAACCUGCUGCGAGUUGAAAGCAGCAAAGGAAGAACGAGACAGAUUACAACUGCUUUUAAAAUGCAAACAAUUGCGUGAUCGUUACAGAAACUUGUCAAACAAAAGUUCCUAAAAGUAAGCAAGAUAGA